UUGGGGUAUAAUAAGAGACAAAAUAACUCUUUAUUUAUUUUGUCUCAUAAUGCACAGAUAAGAUAAGAGUCUCAAUGGCAGUAGGGUGACAUGCUGUUUUCAUGUUACAUGUGGUAAUUUUUGGGAUGUAUAAUUAAAUGUCCGGUCAUGUGAAAUUCGAAACAGGGAUAUCUUUUGUCAAGGAAGAGUAUGAUCGUUAUCAAUCUGUCCUUGAACCGUUUGAUCAAAUUUACUAUGAGGAACAAUUGAGAAAAAACAAAAAAACGGACAAAAAAGAUUUGGCAAAACUGGAUGGCAUUGUGAAAGAGUGGUCGAAACGAAUUGAAAACUCCUUUCCACUACCAAAGGAAAUGAUAGAAAUGGUGAAAGAUCAAAUGAUAACUUUGGCAACUGCCGAAUUAAGUGAUCUUCCUGUAAUCAAAAGGUUCCUUAAUCGUUGGAAAACUGAUGGACCAUAUUUGAAAGGAUUGAUUUCAAGGUGUGAACGAGUAUCGAAAAGAUUCGAAUGCGAAUUUUCAGAACUUAAAGAGAUUCCUGAAGCACCAUCUUCAAGUCAGUUUUUGACCGCUCUUAAGAAUGAAUUUGGACCUCUUAAGUGCAAGAAUUGUUUCUGCUUGUGA